AUGAAGCAGAAGCCAACCGAGAGUUACAGAGAAUUUGCAUAUAGAUGGCGAAAGGAAGCAGCUAGAGUUAGACCUCCUAUGUCAGAAAAGGAAAUUGUUGAAGUAUUUGAGAAGAAGCCUGCCAGAAUUUUCACUCCGCUUGUCGAAAGCCGAACAAAGCUGUUUGAGCGAUUAACUGCGGCAGGAUAUAUUCACCCAGUGGGGCCCAAGCCGGUUGACACUAGCUCAAAGUUUUACAGACCUGAUCAGAGGUGCGCGUAUCACUCCAACAGUGUCGGACAUGAUACUGAAGACUGUAUUAACCUGAAGCAUAAGAUUCAAGACCUGAUUGAUCAGAAUGUGGUCUCUCUUCAGACGGUCGCGCCCAAUGUCAACAGUAAUCCUUUGCCAAAUCAUGGAGGCGUCACUAUCAACAUGAUAGAGACAGAUGACGAUUGGUGUGUGUCAAAGGCAAUAGUUUCAGUUGUUCCUGAUGAACUAGAAAGGGCUGUAGCCUCGUUGAGCAUUAGAGAGAAGAAAGAGUUUGUGAUUCUGACACCCGAGAAGGUUGUUGCCUUGGUGCCACGGGAAACUCUUACCCAACCAAAGUUUGUGAUUGAAACAGCUGUUACUCAGGGUAUGACCAGAUCCGGCAGGUGCUACACACCGGAAGAGUUGGCUCAAGGAGGGCCGAAGAAGGACCAAGCAAAAAGGCCGAUCAGUGAAGCCGAAGCUGAGGAGUUCUGGAGAAAGAUGCAGCCAAAAGAUUAUUCAAUCGUGAAGCAUUUGGAGAAGACACCAGCUCAGAUUUCUGUAUGGGCUUUGUUGAUGAGCUCACAACUGCAUAGGCAAGCGUUGAUGAAGGCUUUGGAUGACACUUAUGUGCCCGUAGGAACCAACAGCGACAAUCUAGCAGCCAUGAUAAACCAAGUUAUUCGAGGACAUCGAAUCAGUUUUUGUGAUGAAGAGCUGCCCUUUGAAGGGAGGAUGCACAACAAAGCUCUGCACGUCACCUGUAUGUGUCGAGAUAAGAUAAUUAAUCGCGUCUUGGUCGAUGAUGGAUCCGGUCUUAAUAUUUGCCCACUUUCGACUCUGAGGCAGCUGAAAUUCGACGUGGGAAAGCUUCACCAGAACCAAGUCAAUGUGAGGGCCUUUGAUGGAGUGCAAAGAGACACAUUGGGUGCGGUGAACUUGGACAUUCAGGUGGGUCCUGCGAAUUUUAAUGUGGAAUUCCAGGUGUUGGAUAUCAACACCAGUUACAACUUGCUUUUAGGAAGACCGUUUAUUCAUAUGGCUGGGGCUGUGUCUUCUACCCUUCACCAACUAAUGAAGUUUGUUUGGAAGGACAAGGAAUUAGUCAUUUAUGGUGAAGGGAGUCAUUCCAAUGGGUAUGCACCGAUCGUUGAUGAUGUCUCUCGAGGUUGUGAUUUCUACACGGUGGAGCUGGUAAAUGCCACCGGUGAUGACUUGGCUCCACAACCUCCUAUGCCUGCCGUGUACAAGAUGAUUGCUACUGUUAUGCUCCAGAAUGGUUACGAACCAGGUUUUGGAUUGGGGAAGCAUUUCCAAGGAAUCGUCGAGCCUAUCAAAAUUCCCGCCAAAGGAGCAAAGUUUGGUUUGGGAUAUGUCCCAACAGAUGACGAAGCAGAGAUGAAAAACAAGAAUGUUGAUCAAGCAUUGGCCAGGCCAAUUCCUCAUCUGUAUCAGUCAUUCCCGGUGCGAGGAUAUGUCAAUGAUGAUGGUCUCGGGGAAGGAAUCUGUGGCCUUUUUGAGGAGAUUGAUGCGGUCGUUGAGGAAGAGGCUGGGACAUCAGGCAUCCGUGAUGCAGAGCCUGAGGAGCAAUUGCAAAACUGGACCUCCACACCACUCCUGAUUUUUCGCUCAUCUGGGUAG